AUGGCGCCCGUCCCGCAAUCCCGACAACAACAAGCACCCCGCCCCGCUCCCAGCCAGACGGAGACCACAUCAUCCACCAGUCCUCAAACCCACGCACCACCACAAGCAAUCCUCCGUUUGCGCGGGGCCCAUGCGCCCACAAGGCGAUCAGUACAAUGGAGCUCCGAUGUGGUCGACAACGAAGGGCUAGGGCGAAAGAAAUCCAAAGUAUGCUGCAUCUACCACCGCCCGCGCGGCGUGGAUGAAUCUAGCGAUGAAUCCUCCUCCGACUCUUCCGACUCCGAUUCCGAGUCCGACGGCGGACGACGGGGCGAUAGCGAUCACCAAAACCGUGGGAACGGCCACAACCAUAACCAUAACCACGGCCACGACCACGAGUGCGACGGGCAUCACACGCGUCGCGGGAGGGGAGGUGAAGGCAGCAAGAGGCGGCCGAAUCGCCAGCCGAGCCCAAAUGCGUAUGAGAAGAUGCCCAAGUACGAUGUUCCCAGGAAAGAUGGGGGCGACGGGGGUGAUCAGGGAAAAGGGAAGGGGAAGGGGAUGACGGGCUCAUAG